CUGUCGCGUCAAGAUUAAGAUCUAGAAUCAGCUGGUGUUGCUAUUAUUUGUGUCAGUCUUCAGUGUCAGUGUUUUGAGACGUCUUGACUGUGAAUUGUGUAAAAGUGUACUUAGCAAAAUGGGAGAUACAGAUAGAGGAGAACUGAUAGUGCUGCAACAAGAACUGGAAUGGGUACUCAAUGAAGAAGUUCCACGUGUGUUCAACUUGAUCAUGCAAGUUCUGAAGGAGGGAGCUGGCCAUUUCCCAAUGCCUUUAUGUGGAUCUGAUGCACCAAUCAAGCAGGAAAAGUUUAUUAUGUCAACAGCAGCACACAGCACACAGGACCAAGUGAAGUGUGUUGUGACUGUGACUGGUGAUACUAUAAGUCAGGCAGAUAUCAACAUGAAGGCAGCAAAGCACCAGCACCAGCUUCACCGCACCAGUGUCACGCCUGAUGCUCCCUGGAGGAUACAACAGAUACAAGAUGCUGCCAACUUUUUGCAGAUGGCAAUGCAGUUUCUUCAAGGACUUGGAGUUAAAGCUUCACUCAGGACAAGCAGUGAAACACUCAAUAUUCUAAGUCAACUCAUCAAACUUCUGCAGAAGGGAAGGAGUAGCUUACUUAUUCCUCGAAAGAAAACGAUUGAUGAUCUCUUGUCCAGCAGGAAUAUGAAAUCCCUAACCCCACCACUUCCUGGGGACAUUGCCAUCAGUUUCUACCUGCAGGCCCACAAGCUGGUACUAGCCGUGUACCAUUUGUCUAGUACCAGCGGAACCAUGAAAUUUGAAAGUGUUCAGGCAGAAUGUUCUAUGCCGUGGCUUACCCCUGUAUUGGUUUGCUUCACCACAGCCCUGCAUCUUGCCCAUCAGCUCCGAGAUAAAAUUGCUGUGUUCUCUCAGUUCAAGGAUUUUACUCCUGAUUCCUGCAGUGUGUCAACUGUAUCCUGCUAAACUAUACACACACACACACACAAACACACAACACACACACACACACACACACACACACACACACACACACACACACACACACACACACACACACACACACACUGCCAGUCACUGAAGAUGUUUCGUUAAGGAGCUCUGUUUGUAACUGGAAUAUUGAAUACUUAAGCUGAUUACAUAUGCUCUUCUCACUUAUCUUGUAGUAUACAGAGUGUAAAUAGAUUGUGAAUGGAGAACCAAAGAAACAAAUUUGUUGACACAAGUCAUGGAUUUUUAAAGUUGUAAGAGCCAUGAUAUAGUAGGCAUGUUUGAAUGGAAAGUGAGACAGUUUGGAAACUUAAUAAGGAACAAUGUGUGCAUGGAAAGAUCACUGGUAAAAGAAAUAACAGAGUGGAAAAAUAAUCAGUAUCUUAAUAAAGAUAAUUUGCAAAGAAAGCAUUUAUUAAUGAAAAUGAAGGUCCAUUUUGAACCCCCUUGUAAUGUAAAGGGUAGGAUGAAGGUGUGCAUGUGAAGGAAGAACAGGUUGAGGUGGAGUACUUGAACAUGUAAGAGGGGAGUGUUUGAAUGGCAAAUGGUAAUACAUGAUAAUUGAUAAAUCAAUAACUUAUAAUUGAUGACUAGCAAUCAAAUUGAUAACCAAUAAAUCCACCACCUGAUAACCAAUAAAUCCAAAAUUCCAAUACUAUUUAUAAUUACAUUGCUAUUUCAAAUGGAAAAAAAGUUAUAAUUCCAAACGUUUAGAUUUAUCUUUAUCUUAGAAAACAAAAAAUCUUGGGGAUAAAAAAUAAAAUUCACUGGUAAUCAGGUCUUUUCACUAAUUAAAAAUGUUAUUUCAAGUCAAAAUAAUUACAUUUGAUUUUGAAAAUAGUAAUUUCAUCAUGUUAAUUUUCCAAAGACUAGAAUGAUCAAUCAUCACUCGUUUGGAACCAGAAUUAUUGCCAAUAAUGAUGAAUCAAUAAGAGAAAAAAAUCAUUAUAACCAUCAUCAUAAAUUAUUGAGAUAAUUCAUCUGGAUACAAGCUGAAUCCAUGAACACAUUCCUAUGAAGACUAUGAAGAUAGUCAUCUGUAUAUUAGAUUAAAAUUCCUAAUAUAUAUAUAUGCAUGUAAGUAUAUUAUUCAAAUGAUCCAGUGUAUAUAGUUUUGUCCUUAUUUCUUGAUAGAAUUCUAAUUUGUAUAUAUUACAGUAAUUUGCUCUCAAGAUGCAUAUAAAGUUGGAGUUGGAAAUUAUAUAUGAAAAUUCAUUACUAAUCUCAUGUACACAAUUUUGUUCUUAUUUCUUGAUAAAUUUUAUUUUAUAUAGCUUUAUUAUAUAUUUGUGCCCUAUAGUAUACUUAACAUUCUUGUAUUGUGCAGCAGACUUGAGUACUUGCUGCUCUUACAGCAUGUAUUUAUUGCAUAUAGUAGUACUAUGUGCUUAUUCCAGUGUUGUGAUGUACCCACAGAGUCAAAUUAUUAUCAGUGGUGUUACUGACUAUCAUAUUGCUUAAAUGUUCUACUUAAUGUUACUUGUGAUAUGUAAAGAAAUGUGUUAAGUAAAUCCCCAAUAUAU